UUUUCUUUGAUACUGUUCAUUGGUGCUGCAGCUGUGUGCUGGGUACCUGCUGCGUGUUCAGUUGCAUUCUAGGCAGUAGAGCAAGGAGGACAGGGCGUGCAAGACUGUCAGUGUGGCUCUGGGUUCGGGGGACGAAGGUCCUGCUGUGGAUAUAAUGAUGAUGGAGCAGGCGUGGUUGGUGCAUCUGUCAUUCCUGUUCUAGGGAGGCAGAGGCAGUACUGCUGUGAGUUCGAGACCGGCCUCGGCUACGUAGCCAGACCGACUUUUAGAAUAAAAACGACCAAACGAAACAGCAAGAACAGGCGUUGUGGUGAGCUCGAGAAGCGGAGGCAGGAAGAUUCCUGCGAGUUCCAUACCAGUUUGGGCUGUGUAGCCAGACCCUGCCUCAAUAACAACAGCUAAACCAGGGGUUUGUUGAAAGAGUCUGGAGGAUCAGGAGUUCAAAUAUAGCUUUAGCUACAAAGCAAGUUAGAAGACAGCUCUACAUGAGGCCCUAUCUUAUAGAAAACAAAACGGAAGACAUAAUUGAAUGGGAGAGUGGGGCUGCUUGAACCAGUGUGUUUUUAAUAUUUUUUAAGUUGUUUUUGUUUGUUUGUUUCUUGUUUUUGAGACAGUGUCUUACUAUGUAGAUCAGGCUGGUCUGGAAUUCACAGAGGUCCACCACUUCUGCCUCCAGUGUGCUGGAAUUAGGUUGGCUUGUUUGUUUGGUUUUUGUUGUUAUUUUUCAAGACAUGGUUUCUCUGUAGCCCUGGCUGUCCUGGAACUUGCUCUGUAGCCCAAGCUGGCCUGGAGCUUGCAGUCCUCCUGCCUCAGCCUCCUCUGUGCUUGGAUCACAGGCUUGUACCGUGAGGCCCAGCUAACCACACAUACCAGAGUGUAUGUGUGAAUUUCAAAGUUUAUUUUCAUACAUUUACUUACUGUGUGUGUGUCAUAUGCACUGAGACCCACAUGUAGAGAUGAGAGGACUUGUGGGUGGGCUUUUGUUGUUUUCUGAGACAGCCUCUUGUAGCCCAGGCUGAGCUUGAACUCUGACCCCACAGAGUCAGUGCUGAGAUGACAGGUGUCCCACCACACUGACUGAUGAUUCUAGAGUGAAUGGGCAGAUGUCAGUUGUUACAGAGAACAGGACCGGGAAGGCUUGGUAACACUGAUGUGGACUGUGUGUUAGGGAACAGCGUUCGGGCCAGGGGGGUGGCUGUCAGGUUAGGGUGCUGCCCGCCAAACCGAGUGACCCGAGUUCAGUCCUCAGGACCCCGUGUGGGAGAGGACCGACAAGUUGUUCUCUGGCCUCUGCAUGUGCACACAGCAAAUGCAAGCCAGCACUUACACAUGGAUAAAAUGCAGUUUUUAAAAUUUUGAAUUAACUAGUAUUAGAGAACAGUCAGGCUUGGUGGGGGAACAUGUUAGCAUGCAUGAGACCCUGGCCACCAUUCCCAGCACUGCCAAAUAACAUUGUCAUCUGUUGUAGUUUGUUUACGCCUUGAUGUAUAAGUGAAUGCCUUUCCCCCCAUCUUUGGUGGAUUGUUUAUUGAGGUCAGGUUUCAUGUAGCCUAGGUUAGCCUGGAACUCACUGUGUAGCCCAGGCUGGUCUUGAACUCCAGGCCCUCCUACCUCAGCAUUUCAUGUGAGGCCUCCUUAGUGUAAGCUACUGUAUAAUGCUGUCUUUGUGCACAGUUACAUAGAAAAUUGUACUUAACUCUGGGAUAGGAUGAGAUUCAGGGGCCAGUGAGAUGGCACAGUGGGUGAAGGAGCUUGCUGCUCAGCCUGCCAACCUGAGUUCAAGCUCCAGAACCCACAUCUGUGCCAGGGGUUAUACAUGCCCUCCCCCACACAAAUAAUGUCAUAAGAAACAGACAGAAUAAUUUUCUUUCUCUCUUUUUUUUCUUUUUUUAAGGGAAGGGGGAUUUAGUUUAGCUGAAAGCCAAGUUUGUUUUGAGAUAGGGUCUCACUGUGUAGCCCCAGCAGGCCUGGACCUCUGUAUGUGGACAAGGCUGUCCUGGAACUCCCAGAGAUCCACCUCCCUGUGCUUCCCAAGUGCUAGGGUGACAGCCUGAGUUCUUCUGCACUUUUAGAAGCUCUGAGGAGCCGGGCGGUGGUGGCGCACGCCUUUAGUCCCAGCACUCGGGAGGCAGAGGCAGGCGGAUCUCUGAGUUUGAGACCAGCCUGGUCUACAGAGUGAGUUCUGGGACAGCCAGGGCUACACAGAGGAACCCUGUCUCGGAAAUCAAGGAAAGAAGCUCUGAGGAGAGGAGAGGGUGGUGUAGAUGAGAAGAGCGUUUUCAUGGUUGUCAUUGUGGCCUGGCAGCUGCCUCAAGUGGCCUUUUCUUCCUUUUUCUUUUAUGUUUUAUUCAUUUUAUUUUGUAUGUGUGGGCCUGCAAAUGCCAUGGCCUGGAAAACAAGUCAGAGGACAGCUUUGGGAGUCCGUUCUCUCUUCCAUGUUGGUUCUUAGGAUCGGGCUUAGGUCUUCAGACUUGAGAGCAAGGUCCUUUGCCCGCUGAGUCAUCUUACCACCGGGUCUUCUCUUUCUCUUUUUGGCUUUUUGAGAGAGGGUCUCACUGUAUAGCCUCCCAGGUUGGCCUCCCACUGGCCAGGACCUUCCGUCUCUGCCUCUCGAGUACCAUGAUCCAGGCGUGCCCAAGUGGUAUUUUCACCACUAGGGUAGCCAGCCCCUCCGUUGCCUGCUGUCUCCUGACCAGAUGUUCCUUCCCACUCAGCAUGCAGGGAUGGCUGCCAAGCGCAUCACACAGGAAACCUUUGAUGCAGCAGUGCAGGAGAACAUUGAGGAGUUUGAGAUGGGCGCUGAGGAGGCUGUUCGAGAAGCUGUGGAGCAGUUUGAAUCACAAGGGGUUGAUCUGAGCAACAUCGUGAAGACCGCACCGAAGGCGUCCUUGGACAGCCUCCAGGAGCCCACACACGAUGUCCUGCAGGCUCUCAGUGAUCUGCAGGAGUCCCUGACUGGGUCUCGGCCCCAGGAGGUAUCAGCCCACCUUGCCCGCUUCUGUGACCAGUGCAGGCAGCAGAAGGCCAGCCGCUACCUGGCAGCCCAGAAGGGGGCCUACCCAGUCCUGCUGGCUGCCUGGCAGCUCGCUGCCACGAGCGACCAGGGCCUUCUGCUCCAGGCUCUCAGUGCUCUGGCUGUGCUGACUGAUGGCCAGCCUGAUCUCCUAGACGCCCAGGGCCUGCAGCUGCUCGUGGCCACGCUGGCACAGAAUGCUGCCAACACCGAACUCACCUGCUGUGGGCUCCGCUGCGUGCGCCAUGCCUGCCUGAAACAUGAACAGAAUCGGCAGGGUCUGGUGAAAGCUGGAGUGUUGCCCCUGCUGACGGCUGCUAUCACACAGCAUGGCCAGCAUGCUGAUGUGGUCAGGGAGGCCUGCUGGGCCUUGCGGGUCAUGACCUUCGAUGAUGAUAUCCGAGUGCCCUUUGGCCAUGCCCAUGAGCAUGCCAAGAUGAUUGUUCAGGAGAACAGAGGCCUGAAGGUGCUCAUUGAGGCUGCCAGAGCGUUCCCUGACAACCCGGGCGUCCUGAGCGAACUCUGCAGCACCCUGUCCCGCCUGGCUGUGCGGAAUGAGUUCUGUCAGGAGGUCAUCGACCUCGGAGGCCUUGGCAUCCUUGUGACCCUGCUGGCUGACUGCAGUGACCACCAGGACCUCGUGAAACAAGUACUCAGCGCCCUGAGAGCUAUCGCAGGCAACGACGAUGUGAAGGACGCCAUUGUCCGUGCAGGCGGUACAGAGUCCAUUGUGACUGCCAUGACCCGGCACCUGGCCAGCCCCCAGGUCUGUGAGCAGAGCUGCGCGGCACUCUGCGUUCUUGCCCUGCGAAAGCCCGAGAACAGCCGGGUCAUUGUGGAGGGUGGUGGAGCGCUGGCGGCACUGCAGGCCAUGAAGGCGCACCCGCGGGAGGCCGGCGUCCAGAAACAGGCUUGCAUGCUGAUCCGAAACCUGGUGUCCCGCAGCCAGGUCUUCUCGAAGCCCAUCUUGGACCUGGGGGCGGAGGAGCUCAUUUUGAAAGCCCGAGCUGCCCACCCGGACUGUGAGGAUGUGGCCAAGGCUGCAUUGCGAGACCUGGGCUGCCGAGUGGAGCUUCGUGAACUGUGGACGGGAAAGAGGGGCGACCUGGCACCGUGACCCUGUCUCAGCGAGCUCUGACUCUUGAACAUGGGAACACUGUGCCCUGUCACUCUGUCCCACCCAUGCUACCCAGAGCAAAAGUGUGCACAGCAGGUCAUUGGUGGGGGAAGGGCAGAAGCAGCCCUUGGAGCCUGUGUCCCCACGGGCAGCAGUGAUGACCUAGUGGCCCACCCCUUCCAGUGCCUUUCCCGCCCACAGUUUUUCUCAGCAGUUCUGGGGCAAAGGGCGCAUGGAACUGCAAUAUUCUGUUGGAGUUUGGGGCCCCUGCAAGCCGGAGUCCUGACAGGUUGGCCACAGGGCUGCAGUUCAGGCACCAUGGGAGAGGCGCUUCCACCAAAGGAGGCUCCCCAAGCCCCACAUGGGGGAGGGGAGUGACUCCUGCAGAUUGUCCACUGAACUCCAUUUGUGCGCUGUGGUGCGCGUGCGUGCACAUAAUAAAUAAGUGUAAUUUAAAAACCC